AUGCGCCACAGGCUUGCCGCAUUCCUUGAGGAUGAGAUUCUUGCUCGAUCCAGUACGCUCGCUCCCAAGGCGAUUGCAAACCUGAGCGGCUUGCUUUACGGCUGUGGUGUGCGCUGCGAGAAGAACAGGGCUGUGAUGCAGCUUCGGCAAAGUGCCAUGCAGAAGCUUCAAGCAUUCUCGGCAUCUGAGCUGGUGGAUCUGGCAUCCGGGCUGGCAAACUCGCGCGUCAUGGACGAAAGCUGUUUGCAGACUCUGCGAAAGAGAAUGGAUGCAGCGGCCAGCAGGGGUGAUUCCGACGCCGGAUGCUCUCGGCAGUUGGCUGCGCCUGCUGCGCCUGCUUGCGAAAGAGACUGGCCUUUGCCUUGUCCCGGCAUUCUGGCAGACUUGGAGACUGCAGUUGUCCUCUCGAAGCCACCGGGCUGGUCCUGUGCCACCUCGAUUUCCGGCAAAAGCCUGCUGGCAGAGGGUCGCAAGAGGCCUCCAACCAUCUCUCAUUUCUUGCAGCGCCUGGGUUGGGAGAGGCCCGUGUCGCAAGAUCCCUCUGUGGAUCACGGUCUUGUCCAUCGCAUAGACCUGGAGACAAGCGGUGCGUUGCUUGCUGCAAAGACAUUUCACAGCUACUGGCGCCUACGUUUGGACUUUUCCGCGCAGGAUGUUCGCAAGCGGUAUCUGGCUUUGGUCCACGGAUUUUUGCCACGGCAGUGGCAACGCCUUGACAUGCCCCUUCAACUACAGCGCAUUCCGCACUCCGACUCUUUACGGUCCGUUCGCUCCAAGUCAGUGGUCAACCAUGACUUCGGAAGGUCGGCCGAAACUGGAAUUCGAGCAAUUGCUCAUCUGCAUGGCAGAGGCGGAGGCCCGAUGUCACUGCUGCUUGCAGAGCCGCGGACUGGGCGAACUCAUCAAAUUCGCAGUCACGUCUCGCACAUCGGCCAUCCGAUUGUCGGGGACUCGCUCUAUGCUACGAGCGACGAGGUUGUUGACGACUCUUGCCAACGAGUCUUUCUCCAUUGCUUUGCACUCAACUUUCUGGAGCCCGUGGGCACGCACGACGACCGUGAGCCUUGCGCCGUUCCCCGUCGGUCUGUCACAGCUCCCUUGCCGGCAGACCUGAUUCAAGUCCUCCGGAGUAUGGCUCCGGCAGAUCGCAGAUCCACAGAGGCUCUCGAGGAGCUCGAAGAACCUUCGACCAGCUGGUCGCAGUGGCUGGAAAAAGAGCGACGCGAGUGA